AUGUGUGGAAUUCUGGCGCAUUGCUAUGGCCCCAAUGCCAAUAUUGAAAGCUCUAUUAGUGAGUUCAGCGAAGAUGAGCUUUCUAGGAAAAAGCUCGAGAGUUGUAGCGCUGAAUGGGAGAAUUUAAAGAAUAUAAUACCAUUGGUGGUUCAAAGAGGACCCAACUACGCAUCAUUGAGGUUAUCGAAUGAUGACAAGAUGCUGUGGUUUUCGUCGGUCUUAUCGCUGCGAGAACCAUUGACUAAACAGAGCAUUGUUGCUGAAGACAGAUUUGUUCUCCAGUACAACGGUGAAUGCUAUAAUUCUUCAAUUCUCCAUAAUGAUACACAAUGGAUUGUAGACCAGCUUUGCAAACAUGAAGACGUUCUACAUGUCAUCAAGUCUCUUGAGGGCGAAUUCGCGUAUACAAUUUAUGAUAGACUCACGCAAGAGGUGUUUUUCGGUAGAGACCCCAUUGGGAAGCGAAGCUUGAGCUUCCGUUUGGACAAGGAAAAUCAAGAACUGACCAUUUGCAGCGUAACUGGCAAAAGCGAAGGAUUCGAAAAUUGCCACGCUGGUGUGGUCUACGUUUAUGACAAAUCGAAAGGCACACUGAACGCGGACAUAACAAUCAAGGCCGAAAACUUUGUGGUGACAAACGAGGAAGACCCUGAACUAAUUGACUUACCAGGUAAUAUCGAUAAACUGUUUUUCCACCUCGAUAAUGCUGUGAAAUGCAGACUGCAGACAAUCCACCCUUUGCAUGUAGAAAACAGUCCUAUUUCCAUUCUGUUUUCUGGAGGAUUAGACUGCUCUGUCAUCGCCGCACUCCUUUGUCAGCAAAUCAAGACUUUGGGACUCAACACGGCUGUUGAGCUUUUGAAUGUGGGCUUUGAAAAUCAGAGAACAGGCAUGAUGCCGAACGAUGUACCAGACCGCGUUCUCGGGCGGCAAUCCUUCAAGACAUUGCGUGAGUUAUUUCCCGAAAUUGAUAUGCGUUUUGUUGAAGUGGACGUCGAUUAUGCAGAGUAUUUGGAACACAGGCCCGGAAUAUUGAAUCUGAUAUAUCCCAAGCAAACGGAAAUGGACCUGUCGAUCGCAGCUGCCUUUUUUUUCGCAGCCAAAGGCAGCGGCUUUCUAUCAGACGAAAAAUCUGGUUGUCGAGUCCCAUAUAAUAGACAGGGAAUUGUUCUUUUCAGCGGUCUAGGCGCUGAUGAAUUGUACGGCGGGUACCAUAAACUCGUCAACAAAUCGAAAAAUGAGCUUGUGGCAGAGCUCGAACGACAAAUCAACAAUAUCCAUGACCGAAACUUGAGCCGAGAUGAUAAAGUAUUGGCAUCAAAUGGUGUGGAAGUACGUUACCCAUUUUUGGACGAAACCGUCGUCGAGUUUUCAACAAAACUGCCUCUCAACUAUAAGAUAAACAAAAUGAUUUUGAGAAAGCUUGCAGAGGAAAAACUGCAGCUAGCAGAUAUCUCCACAGAGCCUAAACGUGCAAUUCAAUUUGGUGCGAAGAGUGCCAAAAUGACCAAGAACGGGAAUAAGCACGGGACGGAUUUGGUCAAAGACAGCUGA